AUGGCGGCAAAGAAGAUCAACAAUGAAGACGAACUGUUUGAUUUCUCCUUAAAACUGGUCUUGAAGAGAGAAAUAGAUGUUCAACAACUCUGGUGGUAUGGCUACUGUUUAUUCAAAGCACUUUCUAGUCUUCAUAAACAGGAUUCCAAGGGCUAUCUCAUAGAUUUCAACCUUGCAACUGAUUUGCAUCAGAAAUUCGGAUCCACAGAAAAAUCCAAGUCUAAUAACGAUUCGAGUUAUAGUCUUCCUCCUACAAAGAGUAGAAAAUACAUAAGCUCCAAAGCUUUAAAACCAGUGACACACAUAAAAAAGAAGAGUGAUCAAAUAAAGAUGAAAAGCCAAGGUGCAGAUGGUUUUGGAAUAAACUCUAAAAAAGACACAAAAAGUAACAGUGUUCCAUCAACAGAAAGGCUUAGGGAACCUAUUCCCUCCACAAAGAGUAAAGAACUUCUCAACUUAGUACAUGAAGCAUUACAGGGCCCCGAUCAUCAACUAAUAACUUCAAAAAGAAAACGUAUUGAUGCCCCUCCAACAAAACUAGAUAACAAAAAGCUCAUAUAUGAAUGA